AUGGAUUCGACUCUCGACUUCGUGACGCGCACGAGACACGCGUGGCAAGAGUCCAGACAACCUUCUGCAUUGAACAUACAUCACGAAGCUGGACACGCCAACGACCAUGACCCCAACCGAGAUGGACAGUAUCGAACAGAUUGGGUUGAGGAGAGUCGGGACCUCAGGGAGUUUCGCCUGCUGGUUGGCAUCUACCAGGACAAGACAUUUGAAGCACCAAACGGCUUCAAGCCAAACCGACGACCACAGCCAUCAAUCACGAAACGGCCAAGCCCGAACAUGGGCAUCUACACCACAGUAUGCGAUGCAGAGAUCAAGCAGAAACGGGAUUACAAGUUCUUCAACAGGCUCAUCACAGGCUGUCUUGGACUACAGAUCGUUGUCGCAGCCGCUUUGACAGCGCUUGGUGCUGCCAACGGGAGUCGAAGUGCUGUGACAGUCUUCGGAGCAAUCAACACUGUAAUCGCGGGAUUCCUCACAUAUCUGAAAGGCACUGGCCUUCCGAACCGGCUCAAGUACUUCCAGCACGAGUGGGGCAAGAUCCGAGAGUACAUCGAGCAGAAGGAGCGAGACUUCGCGUUUGGCCAGCCUGGAGUCUCUGUCAACGAAGAGAUCCAGACGAUUCGACAAAUGUACGAUGAUGUGCGAGCAGACGUGGAGCUGAAUACACCAGAUCGCUUCGUGAGCGUACGUGGCAUAGGAAGAAAUGGACCGCUUACAAUCAGCCAACCUGGAGCACUCUCUCAACCGCCAGUAGCUUUCAACCCCGAUUCUUACAUCAGCAACGGCAAGAGUUGGCUCAAUGAGAAGGAGACACUGGCGAACACGGCAGCAAUCAAGGUCCAAGGCCAAGCACAAGGCAUGUUCGCCAAUCUCGGCCACCUGAAAGAGGUACUAGAGGACAAAGUCAAAGACAUCGCUCAUAUGGAGAAGGAGAUUGAAUCGAAUGGUCGCAACAUGGUUCACGAGAAGAAGCAUAGUAUCCUGGGCCAGAUACAGUCAGCCGUGAAAGAGGUUCAGCAUCUGGGACAAGAGAUCGAGCAGAAAGCGAAAGAGGCGGCACACGAGAAAGAGCUCGAGGCUAGGCACGCAGUUGAUCAAUCACAACAAGCCGCGAGAGCUGGUCUUGCGCAACAAAAAGAAGCCUUAAACGCACAGCGGGAUGCCAUAAAUGCCUCGAUAGUUGCGAAGAGACUCGAAGCCGACAAUGCGAUACAGGUUUCUUCAGAUGCGGCGAGAGAUGGCUUUACACAGCAGAGAGAUGCGGUUGGAAACGUGCUCGCGGAGAAACAGCAUCAAGCUGAGCGAGCCAUCGAUCAGUCCACCGAUACCGCCAGAGCUGCUCUAGCACAGCAGCGAGACGCAUUGAAUGCUGGUCUGGCACAGCAACGAGACGCUCUCAACACCGGCCUCUCUCAACAACAGGAUGCAUUAGAUCAUGGUCUCACUCAACAACGCGAAACCUUGAACACAAGCCUUGGUGGAUCGGAGCGGCUAGUGCAGUCAAGACCGGACGUACCACAUCAAUGA